CACACAAAGCAAUCAUGGGAGCCAAGGAUUCGAAGCCGUCCUGUAUCAGCUACGAGGAGGCAGUCAAACGUGUGACGGACUCGGAGCUACGAAGAAUCAAGGAUGCGUUUAAACGAUCGGCCGGCACCAGCGGAUCAGUGCUGAGCAAAUGUGCCUUUAUGCAGGAUGUCCUCGGCGAUGGCGUUCCCUCGGUGGUGGCCGAUUGGCUGUACACCGCAUGCGGCGGUACGGCCAAAGGUAUCGCCUUCAAAGAGCUGCUCUGUGGCCUCGUGCUACUAACGAAAGGAACGCAGGAUGAGAAAAUAAAAUUUCUAUGGACGCUGUACUGCAACGAGUCGGGCACGCAUAUACUAAAGCAGGAGUUCCACAAAGCCAUACAAAUAGAAACGACCUACCAAAGCAAUGCCACCAAUAGCACCAACAACACCGCCACCAAUUGUAGCAAUAAUAACAACAAUAACAAUCAAUCGGUAGUGAAUAGGAAUAAUCAACAACAUCACCAGCAGCAGCAGUUCCAGUUGAGCCGGUUUCAGGUGUCACUGUUCGGGCAGAAUGAUCGUGUCACGUUUGAGCAGUUCAAAUCGUGGAUACAGAUGCACCGUGGUGCGACAGAUUUAUCCAAAUGGUUACUGCAGGAUGCGUGCGUAAACCUCAGUUCCGAGCUGGAAACUCCAACCUUUUACCAGAGUUUGGCCGGCGUCACUCACCUGGAAGAGCAGGACAUAGGUGAUCUGGAGAAAGUGUUCUGGCUGCUGAAGGGUGCUGCUGUUACGGGACAGCUAGAUUUGGAAUCACUUGGGCCGCUGGUCAGUCCACCCGUUCCAAAGGCCGCGCUCGGUGGUGUGUUUGUAGCGUUCGACGAGAACCACGAUGGACACAUUGAUUUCAAGGAGCUGUGCUGUGGUGUGAGCGCCGCCUGCCGAGGCCCGAGCGUGGAACGGAGCAAGUUUUGCUUCAAAGUAUUUGACAUUGAUCGGGAUGGAGUGCUGAGCUUUGUGGAGAUUAGGCAGAUGAUCGACAUACUGUUGUCGGUGGCUCGCGAAGCAAAUGCGAGUGUGUAUCGAAAUCUGAACCACGAAAGAGUGCUCGCGGAGCUGUAUCGACGAGCAACGCAGGGAAGCGAGGGGAAAGAGAAUGCCAGCGAAGCCAACAGGACCUCUCUGCUGGAUGGUGCCAGCGCGUCGAAUAUUCCGGAGUUUAAGUUUACGCAGGAAGAUUUCCUGAUCUGGAGCAUUGAGAGUAGUUCUAAUUUAGUCCAACCGUUCCUCGAUCUUCUAUUCGAAGUUUGUCACAUUGUGCUAGGGCUGCGUCCUCAGUGCCGUCAUCUGGAGGGUGAUAUAGUUCGUGGUUGGUUAUCGCGAGAAGUUCGUCGGGGAUAUAAAGUCGGGCAGUUUUGGUAUUUAAUAUCGUCGGACUGGUGGCAGCACUGGUCCCAGUACACGCAACUGUCAUCGCCCAGCUCUUCCUGCGUGCAUUGCAAAACCACGGGAACAAGCUAUGCGAGUAAUCGCGUCAGUGCCAGUGCUGCUGUAGGAGGAAUGAUGCCCAACGGAGGUAAUGGCACAAGCACCGGAACGGUAGACGAGGCAAUGAUCUGUGAUGAAAGUUUUACGUCCAACUCGACCGAGAGUAUGGGCGAUUUACUCGGUACGGGGGAUUCAUCUAGUCUGGGUUCGGGAAGUAGCGGAAUAUCGUAUGGUCGGCACACAGGCAGUGCGCCUGGCCCGAUCGACAACAGUUGUCUUAUAGCGCCGAACAUUUACAAGCAAAUACCGACACUUACCGGUGAAGGUGGUCGAUUGAAGCGAGAUCUUACCUUGGUGCAGCAUCGAGACUUUGAGCUAGUGCCCGAUUCGCUAUGGAAAGCGUUAGCGCAAUGGUACGGUGGUCCUUUGCCCUUGCCAAGGCAGGUCAUACAACCGCACAGUAUUGGCGAUGUUGAAUUGGAGCUGUAUCCGUUGAAUUUGAGAAUACUGCGCCACCAAAGCCAACCGGUGCAGCAUCAGCAGCAGCAUGGACAGAUGGCUGGAAGCAGUGCGUGGGCUAGCAUGUCCGGAGGAUACGGCGCACUAACGACCGGAAGCUACCCAACGUCGGUGUCUUCGGUGCCAGCUGCUUUGCAUCCGCCGAAGAAAUAUCUCGCUUACACGGCUGCGUUCAGCCGUUUGGCAACUAUCAAACAGGUAGCCGAGUUCCUAUGCCAAAGAUUGAAGUUAAAACCGGAGGACAUUCGGCUCUGGCAUCUCGUACCAACGCCGACGGGAAUCAGUGAGUUUCCCUACCUGCUAGAGGAGGAUCAACUGACGCUGCAUGAGCUGUCGAUUGGAGAUAGCGAUCAGAUAUUGCUUGAGAUUCGUAACAAGGAUCUCACCUGGCCGGAGGAGCUUGGCUCAUUAGCACUUUCGCAGAGUGCCGGGAAUACCAGUAUGGAGCGACGAGGGACAAUUGCUUCGAUCUCAUCGCAACAUCCUCCGGGUGCAACGGGACUGCACAAUCUAGGCAAUACGUGCUUCAUGAAUGCAGCUCUCCAGGUUCUCUUCAACACGCAGCCACUCACGCAGUACUUCAUUCAGAAGAAACAUCUGUACGAGUUGAACACAACGAAUAAGAUGGGCACGAAAGGUCAACUGGUACUUCGGUAUGCGGAAUUGUUGCGCGAUGUUUGGACAGCUUCGACACGUUCUAUCGCUCCACUGAAGUUGCGCUUCUGUGUAACGAAACACGCGCCACAGUUCUCUGGCGGCGGGCAGCAUGAUUCACAGGAACUGCUCGAUUGGUUGCUAGAUUCACUGCACGAGGAUUUGAACCGGGUAAUGGAGAAGCCGUACACGGAGUUGAAAGAUUCCGAUGGACGUUCGGAUGUGAUCGUAGCGACGGAAGCAUGGAGUCAACAUCACGCUCGCAACCAAAGCAUCAUCGUGGACUUAUUUUACGGACAGUUAAAGUCGAAAGUAACGUGUCAGGGUUGCGGUCGAGAUUCGGUACGAUUUGAUCCGUUUAGUUUGCUAAGUUUGCCGCUGCCUGUGGAGAACUACACGUACUGCGAAGUACUCGUGAUGCUACUGGAUGGGUCCGUGCCGGUGAAGUACGGUCUGCGGUUGAACUCGGAAAUGAAAUACUGGGAUCUCAAGAAACAUUUGAGCGAUCUGUGUAGUCUCGAACCGGAUCAAAUGCUAAUCUGUGAACUGUCCAACUCGCAAAUUCGUCUCAUACUGCCUAACGAGCUUCGCAUUAAGCCAAGCACCGCAUGUGAGUUGUACGCGUACGAAUUGCCAAAGGUCGACAGCGUGCUCCGGUCUCGCGCAGGCUCCGAGUUGGGUAUUAACAUCGAAAAAGGACUCAAGGAUAUUCAACGGAAUCAAGCUCUUCUACUACCAUCAUUAGACCCGCACCAGCUAACGACAAGCUCGAUCAACACCACGAUCUCGUCGACAUCGUCAUCCUCCUCCUCGACGGCCACAACAGACGACACGACGGCCAUUACUGGACGCAAACCGGCAUCCACCAGUUUCGGUGGAUCGAAACCAUUAACGAACGGAGUGCACUACAAUGGUAGUGGUGCUGGCGGCAACGGAGGAGGAGGAGGUGUCGAUGGUGGCAAUGGAGCGACGAUGGCUAACCGCAGGACCUCGGCCACGUCGAAGGUAAGCCGGUGCUUUGGCAACACACUCUGCAUGCCCCCGAAUAUGUUGUGCUUCAAGCACAUUCCGGAAAUCAGCACCAGUCCCGACAGCACGUUCGUGUAUGGUGCAGGACAGUACAGCGAGCUUACCGGCUACGGUAGCAGUAAUGGGUACGGCAAUACGAACACUGUUAUCAGCAAUCAGCAGCAUCAUUCCCAGCCAUCGAAAGAUCCGAACCGAUCGAAAACGAUAUCGACGACAAAUUUGUUAAACAACACCGAUAACAAUGGUUGGAGCAGUAAUGCUGGUGGUAAUGGUGGCGUCGGGUGCGACUUGUCCAACACGCACCAUCUGCAUCAUCCGUACGAGUGUACCGAUUGCGAUAAUAUCUACAUGAGCGAGGACCUGCCAUCGUACGGUGAUCAACAGCAGCAUGGAGAUGCGAUAAGUCUAAGUGCAAUUAGUAAGCGACCGCUAGGGCACGGGUAUGCGGGUGGCCAACGGAAAACGAACUAUCUGAUUGCGGUUCAUCGGAAGCUUAGCCGACAGGAUACGUAUUUCCUUUCGCAUCACAAAUCGAAACCGGGCCUGUUUGGUGUGCCACUGCUGAUUCCUUGCUAUGAUGGAGUCACCAACAAAGAGUUGUACUGUUCCGUGUGGUUGCAGGUGGCCCGUUUGCUCAGUCCACUGCCACCGACACCACCCGACCAAUCGAACCACGCUACCGACUGUGAUGAUAGUCUAGGGUACGAUUUUCCGUUCACGUUGCGAGCGGUCGGAAGCGGUGGCCGUAUGUGUGCCCUCUGUCCGUGGUCACGUUUUUGUCGUGGUUGUGAGAUCCCGUGCAAUGAUGAGCCUUUACUGCAGGGGUUGAUUUGUUCCGCACCCGGAUCAACAAGUAAUAGUUCCACACCAAAUUUAUCUUCGCGCGAACAAACGCCUACCCUGCGAAGGAAGGGUUAUGCGGCAAGUUCGUCCGGUAGUUCGUCGUUAGAUGGGACAACUAAUCACCAACAGCAACCGUCAUCCAUGGGCGCUGUGCCGACGACGUCUUCGUCACCGGUAGCAUCGUUGCAAAGCUCCAUCAAUGCACGAUCGAUCCAGAUUGCCAUAGAUUGGGAUCCAACAGCGCUCCACUUGCGUUACCAAAGCACGCGCGAACGGCUAUGGACCGUACACGAGUCGGUGUCCAUCUGCCGCAAACAGCAAACCGAACCGGUUGAUCUGGAUCACUGUCUGCGGGCAUUUACCUCAGAAGAGAAGCUAGAACAAUGGUACCAUUGUUCCCACUGUAAACAGAAAAAGCCGGCCACUAAAAAGCUGCAGAUCUGGAAAUUACCUCCCAUUUUGAUUGUGCAUCUGAAGCGCUUCAAUUACGUCAGCGGUAAAUGGGUAAAGUCGCAAAAGGUGGUCAACUUCCCGUACGAAGACUUUGAUCCAACGCCUUACCUUGCUUCCGUGCCACAAGAAACGAUUCUACGCCACCGGGAUUUGCUUGAGGGUCUUACGGCCGGUCCGCGUGGUGACGGACGCAAUCGGGACUGUCACGAAGAGUUCGUAGAGUUCGAUCGGGAAAUGUCCAUGAUCGAUGAAGCGAGCGAUGAGAUUUCACUGUCUUCGCUGCGGAUAAACGGAAUGAAGGAUAGCGAAGGCGGAGAUAGCGACGGACGACAGGACGAGACUGAUGGUAAUGCACGGAACAGUAUUGUGACACCGGCCAUCGUUGGUUCGAACCAUGUGGCAAUCGCUCGUCAGGUACAGGACGGUGAUGGAAUCAUCUUAGGCGGUAAUGAACACAGUCCCGCAGCAUCAAUAUCAGCUUCGUCUGUUCGCAUAAAAUCGGCCUGUUCGGUACGGAGCAGUGAUUCGACCCGUCGACAACGGUUAGUGUCCACCAGUCUUACGAAGACUCCCAUAAUCGAUGGAGAACUGACAGAUUUCCACAAACAUCAUCUGAAGCCCGAUUGUGAUGCGUUCGAGUUGAAGUACCAGCUUUAUGCCGCUGUGUGUCAUUCCGGCAUGUUAAAUGGUGGCCAUUACAUUUCCUAUGCGGCCAACCCGAACGGAUCAUGGUACUGCUACAAUGAUAGUUCGUGUCGGGAAAUACCUACCCGGCCCAAAAUCGAUCCCAGCACGGCCUAUUUGCUGUUUUACGAGCGGCGCGAUCUUGACUACGGACCGUAUCUACCGAAGGUGGAUGGGAAGCAGUUGCCGAGCGAAGGCCUUCUCGACAUCGAUGACAGUGAUAAUGAUUUGAAAAAGAUGUGUUCGCUCAUGUAA